AAACUCCGCAACAAGAAACUUCACAACUAGAGACUCCAUAACUAGGAACUCCACAACUAGAAACUCCACAACUACAGACUCCACAACUACAGACUCCACAACUAAAAACACCAAAACUAGAAACUCUACAACCAGAAACUCCAAGACUAGAAACUCCGCAACUAGAAACUCCACAACUACAGACUCCACAACUACAGACUCCACAACUAAAAACUCCAAAACUAGAAACUCCGCAACAAGAAACUUCACAACUAGAGACUCCAUAACUAGGAACUCUGCAACUAGAAAUUCCACAACUACAGACUCCACAACUACAGACUCCACAACUAUAAACUCCAAAACUAGAAACUCUACAACCAGAAACUCCGCAACUAGAAACUCCAAACUACACUCCACAACUAAAAACUCCAAAACUAGAAACUCUACAACCAGAAACUCCGCAACUAGAGACUCCGCAACUAGAAACUCCACAGCUAGAAGAUACUCCACAACUACAAAUUCCACAACUAGAAACUCCUCAUCUAGAAACUCCACAACUAAAAACUCCACAACUAGAGACACC